UGUAACAGCACAGGCUCAGUAGCUUUAACAUAGACCAACAUGUGGCUGGGAACCUUCAGACUCCCUCCAAAUAUUUCGAAUUAGAGAAGAAGAAAUGAAUCUUGCAAAUCAUGGCGCAACAUCCAGAGACAUAUUUGACUGGGACUAUGUUCUGUGGGAUGUUCGUUUGAAGUUACUAGCAGCUGGAUUUUUUAUCUACCUGGGAGUAUUUCUUCUAGCUCACUGGCUGUCAUCAUGGAUCAGUACCAGUUAUCGCACUUUGUCGGGAAAGGAGAAGGCCUUUUGGAAUAUAUCUAUAACACGUGGCCUGUUUGCAGUUCAGAGUUGUGGAGCUGGCUUGUGGGCCUUGCUCAUAGAUCCAGUUUUUCAAGCUGACCAACUGUAUGCACCGCAAAAGUGGAGCUGGUUUCACUGCUUAAUAGCUGCUGGCUUCUUCUUGCAUGAAAAUGUAGUUAUUCAUGUGUCUAAUAUUGUUUUCAGGAUGUUUGAUGUGCCCUCAGUGGUUCAUCAUUUAUUUGCCUUUGUUGGGCUUGUUGGUGUGAUAACAAACAUAAAGUCUGGACACUAUCUACCCCUGAUGGGACUGCUACUUGAGAUGAGUGCUCCUUCAACCUGCAUCUCCAAUGUGCUUUUAAAGAUUGGCUAUGCUAAUACCCUUUUUUGGAAGGCAAACCAAUGGGGAAAUAUCCAUAUGUUUCACUGUCGCAUGGUCCUUAUUUAUCACAUGUGGUGGGUGUAUAUUUCCAAUUGGAAUGAAAUGGUGGAAAAUCUGGGACUUCCCUGUUUUAUUGUCUUUUUCAUGGGGUUAAGUACACUUACAUUAAUAUUUAAUCCAUACUGGACGUACAGAUCAACUCAGCGGCUCUUCGGUCUAGUUGACAGGAACUUUCCAAAUACAGCAGUGGAAAAUGGAUCUUCUGGUAAAUUAAAUAGUGAAACAUUUCAGAAGAAGAGGAUAUAGUGCUGCAACAGCUGUUAGGGUAACUGGAAAAUAUGUCUGGAAGAAUAUGGUGCAGAUUUACUACCAAGUCCAUGAAAAUAGAAUUGCUUACAAGAAGUCUAUCAAUAUAUUGAUCCCUUCACAGUUUGCUAUCAGUGUACUAUAAUCAUUUAUCAAAAGUGUUUUAAAAUUGUUUCUGUCUAUAUUUAAAGUACACACACACAAUCUUUGACUCGGUCAGGAUUCAUACCAGUAAUUUUAGUAAAAACAACAAGGAGUCUGGUGGCACCUUA